AUGUCUAUACCACUAUUACUAUUCGUCAUUCUCGGUAGAGCGUUGGGCGACGGCCUCGAAUACAACUUGAAUUUACAUUUGCCAAGCCACCGACCAGAAUGGGCCGAAAAGCUCUCUCCUCAUCUUGCGGCUUUCAGCAUAGAGAUGGACCGUUGGCCAGACUGGGCCGGGCAAGAAGUCGGCAAGCCAAACAAGUACUUGAACCAACUUCUCUCCAAUCUAGGAGAGCGUACUGGGCACAUGCCCUUCCUCCGAGUAGGAGCCAACUCGCAAGACAGAGCCACCGUAGAUCUAAACCUUGAGGUCAUGAACAAAACCUUCCCGGAACCGACCGAGACCGUCCCCAACCCAGAGGCCGACCGCAUCUUCAUCGGCCGAGACUUCUACGCCUUAUCCGGGAACCUGCCAGCGGGAACGCCCUUCAUGUGGGGUCUUAACCUCAAGUCCUUGAACAAGACUGAGACGGUCGCUCAAGCCCGGCUGCUAGCCCAGACUUUCCAAGGAGACCGGGCUAACUUGACCAAGGAUGUGCAGCUUGUCAACGUCGAAUUAGGCAACGAGCCUGACUUUUAUGGCUUGACCCGAACAGGACACAAUGGACCCUACGGGAUUGAGUGGGAUGUUGCCAACUACACAAAUACUUGGAUACAGUACGCCGAGGCAGUGGGAAAAGAGAUCGAGUUUGGCAUCUCGGGCUCAGAUAGACCUACGUUGUCCCCUGGAGCCUUCACUGGAUUCAACUCACCAGAAUGGACGCCAGCAGGAUCCUUGCAGCUGGGAAUACUGGAAACCCCGACCAUUCGAAAUGUGACGACACAAUUCACGGAGCAUGCCUACUCUGGGGGCUUUGACCCACGUCGCGUUGCCAAUCCUGGCGAUCUCAUGAAUAAGAUAUUUGUACGCAACAACAUGACUUCGAAGAUGGUUGGUAUCCAAGCGGUGAGAUCUGUGGGUUUAGAUUAUGUCUUGGCCGAGACCAACUCUUAUGCCAACCAUGGCCAGCCGGGGCUGAGCAACACCGUCGAGAGUGCACUCUGGGCCACUGACUGGCUCUUACUCGGCGCCUCUUUCGGGAUACAAAGACUUCAUUUCCAUCACGGGGUAGGCUUCAGAUACAACACGAUACAGCCGACAAGUAACUCUGAUGACGGUCUCAAUAUCACUCGGCCCCAUGUUCUCCCAUCGUAUCACGCCCUCUUGAUCGUCAACGAAGCCAUUGGGAAGUCUGGCGAAGCGUAUGUUGCCGAGAUACCUACCAGUAAUAUUACUCUUACGGCGUACGGUAUAUGGGAACAAAAGCGACUUGCAAGGAUUAUUGUAUUGAACACUCAGGUUUAUCUUGGCGACCAAGAGAAGCCGAGCAUCACCGUCAAUCUGAAGGGUCUUGGCUCAGAUUUAUCAGCUUCUGUAAAGAUCUUGCUCUCAGAAAAAACGACUGCCUACACUGGAUUGACGUGGGCAGGACAAAGUUUCGAGACUGCUUCUGGGGAGCCAGAAGGCGACAUUAGAGAAGAUGAAGUUCUGGACGACUUGUUCAGCCUACCGGCGUCUUCGAUCGCUCUCUUGACAGUCCAAUAG